UCUGCUCCCCUGGGGAUGGUCCAGGCACCCCAACUGGCCAGAGCCAAUGUUUUUCUCUCGGCCUCCAGAGACAGACGCCCACGGCCACCACAGCAGUGCCAGAGCUGACAGGCCCCUCCAGAUCAGGACGUGGUGAAGGCAAUCCCCUUGGCCCCGCCAAGCCCCCAGAGCUGUGGGGGGCAGAAGCAGGGCCCCUAGGCAGAGCCCUCCCUGUUUCUAUACUGCUCUUAAAGGACAGAUUUUGCAGAAAUGAAAGUGAAAGAGGGCGCUGGGCAGAGACGGGAGAUGGAGGUGGAGACACGCGUCUGCAAGAACUGCAAGCGGGACGUGGUGGCUGCCAACUUCUCCCUCCAUGAGGCCCACUGCUUGCGCUUCCUGACCAUCUGCCCCAAGUGUGAGGAGCCAGUGGUGCUGAAGGACAUGGCGGAACACCUCGCUACAGCCCACGAACAGGUCAGAUGCAAGCGCUGCCACCAGGCAAUGCAGCAAUUCUUACUGGAGCACCAUGAGGCUGAAGACUGCCCCGAGCGCCUGGCCCAGUGCCACUUCUGCGAGCUGGAGGUGCCCUUCCGCCAGCUGCAGAGCCACCUCAAGGCCUGCGGCAGCCGGACCACCCCGUGCUGGGAUUGCGGCAAGUACAUCAUGUACAAAGCCCUGGAAGACCACAGCCGCACCUGCCGGGAAAACAAGGUGCUCACUGGCCCUGGGCCCAAGGCCAAUCUGUGCCAGCAGUGCAACAGCUGGUUCCCCGACGAGAAGUACCUCCAGCACCUGAACGAGUGCAGCCCCCUCUCUCAGCUCCUGGGGGCCCUCAGCACCCGAUCAUCCACAGAGCCCACCUCCCCUCCGUCCGCCUCAAGCCCCCUGACCCCAGCCACUCCGCCCCCCACCCCGAGCCCUGCGGCCGAGAAGGACGUCCGGCCCAAGAUAAAGGAGAAGGAGCUGUCUUCCCUGGGGAGACCCUCAAUGAAGCCCUCUCGGCCCAAGAAGUCCUCCAGCCGGCCGGCCUUCACCUCCACUCUGCCCCAGGCCCUGGGGGACGAGGAAGAGGCCGCCACAGCCUAUGACCAACUGGCCACCUGCUCCCAGUGCAACAUCCUCCUGCCCAGGCCCACCCUGCAGAAGCACGAGAAAAAGUGUCGACGUGGGGCUUCUUUGCAGGCCCUCCGAAGGAGCCCCCGGAUCCUGCGGAAAGGAGAGGAGUCGAAAUAG